GAGUGUCUUGUCCAUACUGAUGCACUGACAGGACAAGUAGAACACGAUCAGACAACCUGGAGACUGCAGGCACUCACACUGGAAUCUGCAUCAGUAAGGAUUAGAAGCUUCAGCCUGAGAGGCACAGAUCUGGGACCAGCUGUGGCAUUCUCCCUCAGAGAUGCUUCAUCAUUCCUGACACUACUCUGCAUUGCACUGUUCAACCCAGGACUGUAUCAGGCAGAUCCUGAUGCAGCCCCAGUUCCCUCAUGCUUCUGCUGUCUGCGUGUAAAUGUCAAUGCAUAAACUAGAGAGCACUCCUGCCCCUCCCUGUGUGAUGCAUUUCAGGAGAACCAGGAUCCCUCAUCUAUCAUGGGCAAUAAGCAAACAAUAUUUACAGAUGAACAGCUAGACGCAUACCAGGACUGCACCUUCUUUACACGAAAAGAAAUUCUCCGGUUACACGGGAUAUUCUACGAGCUGGCACCUAGCAUUGUGCCGAUGGAUUAUACAGAUGACCCGGAUGUCAAACUGCCAAUCCAACUAAUAAUUAACAUGCCAGAGCUAGUGGAGAAUCCUUUCAAGGAGAGAAUUGUUCAGUCCUUCUCUGAAGAUGGAGACGGAAACCUCAGUUUCAAUGACUUUGUUGACAUGUUAUCUGUGAUGAGUGAAAUGGCUCCACGUGAGCUCAAGGCAAUCUACGCAUUUAAAAUCUAUGAUUUCAACACUGACAACUUCAUUUGUAAAUCAGACCUAGAGAAAACAAUAAAUAAACUGACAAGAGAAGAACUGGAGGAAGAAGAGGUAAAUCUGGUCUGUGAGAAGGUCAUUGAAGAAGCUGAUAUGGAUGGGGACGGUAAAUUGGCAUUUGCAGAUUUUGAGAACAUGAUUUCCAAAGCUCCAGAUUUUCUCAGUACUUUUCAUAUACGAAUAUGAAGAUAGCAAUUGGAAACCUUUUCUGCUUCAGAACUGCUGAAUCUCAGGCAUCGCCAGGUACUGGCCUCACUUACUGUGCAAAAACAUUAAUAAAAUAGCUCCAUCUGCUGAAAUGAAGCUGACCUUGCAUCAGGAAUCUUUUUCCGAAAUUUGAGGAUGCAUUUCUGUGCAGUCUUUUUAUCGAUUCAAUUUUUGUUAAUGAUAUUGAUGCAAAAAAGAACAUAAGAUCUAAAACUGGAACAGGAGGGGAUGACAAGCCUUAUUUGCUGAAUGAGUAAAGAAGAAUUACAGAUAAACAUAAACUGUGCAAAUGACAAUAUGAACAUGUGUAAGGGCAGUCUUGCUGCAGAAGAAAAUAGGCAGCCAUUCAAUAUCUCAUUUCUUGCAACCUUCAUUCAGCUGGAUUAUUUUUUUUUUCUGGUAGGUAUAAUUCACACCAAUGGUUUGGAGUAAUAAGUAAUUUUUCCUAAGGGCUUUUUCCUAGCAAAGUAAAGCAUGUCCUUCAAGAAAUUCAGAGUUAGAAUCCAUUACGGAAAACACAGUAAUGUGAGCAAUUAAUUGCCAUUCAAGAUCAAUGUUCUCUCUCUCUCUCUCUAUAUAUAUAUAUAUAUAAAUAUAUACAUAUACCACGGAAAAGUGAUUCUAAUUUAUGAACAGUGUGAAGAUUCUAUCAAACACGAGAAUGUGUGGUGCUUUGAGCUAUCCUCUCCUUUCUGUAAUAGUUGAAUCAUUGACAAGCUUGAAUGGAGGAAGACAUUAAGAAACAGGUGUGAAAAUGACUUGCUGGCUGUAAUGAACUCCAUGUAGAUGUUCUUCCAGAAAGAUUUCUUAAUAUUUUAGUGGCUUUUGAGCACAGCGUGAGCAUUUUUUUGCAGCAAGGCAAUACAAUCUAUUCAAGGUUUAACACAAUGGAAGUUUAAUAAGUACAAGAAAGGUUAUAAGGGCUAGAAUGGGUGACAGAAGCUCACUCCAACCCAGGGGCACAUUGAAGAUAAAAAGCACUGGAACGUUUCCAAGUGAUAAGUAAGUGGACAUUUUAAUGACUGUGCUUUUGUAGCGUCUCACAUAAAAACUACUAUGGUGCCUUUCAUAGCGAAGCUGCAUUUAUGUACAUCUCCAGUAGAACAUACCCUUGAUGUUCAUUUACAGAGCAAUUAAAGGAAAAAAAUGCUGUUGUAA